AUGGUGUCCCUCUGGCCAUGGAGAGGCCCGGAUAACUCUCCAGCGUCAUUUGAGAAGACACUCGCAGGCUUGUCUGAGAAGAUCGCACAAUCAAAUGGCAGACUAGAGGUUCACAGGCAACGUGCUCGCCGGUUCAAGGCCCUCUGGACGCUGUAUACUACCUUUGCGUACAUAUUAAUAUAUACAGUUCGGCGGAUAGGCGCAGCGUUCUUCCAGUAUCGAAUCACGAAGACACAGAAAUACCUCGAAGAACUGCAGAAACAACGUGACGAGACUAUUGAAAAGCUGAAAGAAGCUACGAAAUACAACUCUACUCUGCAACUACUCGAGAAAUAUGGCGCAGAGCCUCCGAGGUCCCCGUCUCCACAAGAAGGUGCUGAUGACAUGGAAGGGAUGAAUCAGCAUGGAGGCUCACGCAAGGGUCCUCGUUCUCGAACUUCUCUCCCCUUCCAAGGACCAAGAACCAGAAUGACACCCCCUCCUACAGCUAAUAUUCGACGGCCACAAACUGCCGGUUCCCUCCCUUCAAGCCCCAUGGGACAGGGACACGAUCGCAAACAAAUUGCUAUUCCGUCAAACCCACCGAGCCCAUCCAGCUUACAGUUAGCGCAAAUGCAACAACAGCCACCGCACCAUCCUCCCGAUGAGCCUGGUUUUCAUCCCAGUGCCUUCCCUCCAACCCAGAAUAUUGAACCCCGUCAGCCACAGUGGUAUGACAGGAUACUUGACGUUCUCCUUGGUGAAGACGAAACGCUGCCAAAAAACCGCCUGGCACUGAUAUGCGUCCACUGCCGGUUAGUCAACGGACAAGCUGCGCCUGGUAUUCGCACCUUGGAAGAAGUUGGACGAUGGCGCUGUGUUGGGUGUGGCGGUUGGAACGGUGAGGAGAAAAAGGAUACCGCUACUCAUGAUAUGCUUCGCAAAGAACAUAUACGUAGACGGAGUGAGAGUAUGCCUCAAAGACCAGCGGCACCGGUUGUCGUGGUAGAACCCUCUACCCCCACAGAUGGCGAUAGCCCUGGGAACAAGAUUGACCGUAAAGCGAGCGUUAGCAGCGAUGUAUAUGAGAGAGAAGGUUUGUCCGCGGGCGAAGAUGCAGAUUGGAGUAGCGAUGCGGAGCUGGAGCCAGGUCAAAAAGGCUCACCAGGCACCAAAGAAGAGCCGUUAGGCUAA